AUGAAAACGCCCUUUCGCAUUGCACAUUGUAUGCUUGUUCUCAUCCUCACAGCGUUACUCCUCGGCACCGUCUUCUAUGGCUUCUGGCUGCUGUGGGACGAGCAGCACCCCAAGCCUCAGGUCUUCGACGACUCCGAGCGAAAGCCGUCGCCUCAAGAGAUCGCUGAAUCGAUGAACACGCUAUGGGACCAAUGGGAUGAGGACCAUUGCAAAAACGUCUGCGAAGCAUCAUGGAUUGCCUGUCGGCUAAGACACUGCGACGACCGCCCAGAUGUCAGAAAACAAGAGCUGUGA